AUGCUUUCGCUUUCGUCAAAAGGUUCAACUAGCCAUGAAGAUGACUUGGUUUUGGAGAAUUCAUCAGCAUCUGUUGUCGCAAGCAAUUGCGAUCUUUUAAAACAGAUUUUGUUGUGUGUGCCGAUGAAACCUUUGAUGCUAUUCAAGUGCGUAUCAACAAGUUGGCUAUCUCUAUUCUCAGACCCACUUUUUGUUCAGAGCUAUACUCUUCGGAAUCACAGACUUUCUAAUCGUGGGUUGUUUUUGCACAAAAUGUCUAUGGGUGGUGUUGACCCAAAAUUUGAAUUCGUUUUUGCUGAUGGAAGGAGUUUUACAGGUACUAUGCCGUUCCAAACAUCAUUUCCCAAAGAAUCCACGUUUGUGAUAACGGAACAGUCGUGCAAUGGUCUUAUCUGCUGCAGUAGCGGCAGUAGAGAAGACAGAGAUAGCAGAAUUUUCUAUAUAUUCAACCCAACCACAAGUCAGUAUAGAAUCCUUCCUUCGUCUCCAUCUAGAGAAGAGGGCUCCAUAGUUAGGAAUGUUAGCUUGGCUUUCGAUCUGCUAAAAUCGCCUCAUUAUCAAGUAGUCUGCUUUUUAAUAUCGAUGGAAAAAUGCAUUUUUCAGAUUGAUAUUUACUCUUCAAAAACAGCAUCUUGGAGGCGAUCUGGAGAAGGAUUCUCCAAUAAGCCAUUUCUGCUUACUAAGUCUGGUGUGUUCUGGAACGGUUCACUUCAUUGGGUCCAUGUAACCGAAUAUCCUCAUGUUAGCUUGAAGGAUUCUUUUGUUUACUUUGACGUCGAUCAAGAAUUAUUAAUGGAUAUGCCGGUUCCAGAAAUACCUGACGGGAAAGUUUGGGAUAAAGAGAAAAUUGGUUACUUUGGUGAGUGCAAGGGUCAUUUACAUCUUAUUCCAAAUUAUGAUGAAUAUGAUGGGCAUUUCUACAUAUUUGAGAUGGAAGACAUUCACUAUAAGCAGUGGAGUUUAAAGUACAAGGUCAAUUUAGAGGAAGUGUUAAUUGCAUACCCAAAGACGUUUUUCGACAAUGAACGCAUUUGCGAGGAGAAUGAAUUAGGUUUGUAUCAACACUUGUACGGUUACAAGUUCUCGAUAUUUCUUGUAGAAGAAGAAGAAGGAGGAGAAUCAUUAAACAUACUGAUCCAUAUACCAGAUAAGAUUAUUUCUUAUGAUCUUAAGAACAUGAGCUUCAAGGAAACACAUGAUUUGCCUUCAAGUCUUUACCAUACAGGGCCAGCUCAGGCCAUUUUAUGUGGUGCACAUCAACACAGCGAGUCACUUGCUUGCAUUUGA